AUGCAUGCAUUUAGGAAGUCCGCAAAAGUUCUUAAUCCAUCAGCAUCUCUGGACUGCACCUUUGGCCAUUUUGAUAGCUUCUCUCGGAAUGAUUUCUGUAUAAUAAAGGGCUGGCCGUAUCUUUGGUUUAACUUGUCCCAAGCGUCCUUAUAUGCGGCUUCAAAACUCCCAAAGAACAGCAAAAUAAGCAACUUGGAUGUUUUCAUAAACAAAGACGGUGUGCUCAAGGUUGGUGGAAGGCUUCAGCUUUCAUCUCUGCCCAAUUCAAUCAAACAGCCAACACUCAUUCCCGGAGAACAUCACAUUGCAAAACUGAUAAUCGCACAGUCUCAUGAAAGAGUUAAUCAUCAAGGAAAAGGCUUCACCAUGAAUGAGAUACGAUCCAAAGACCAGGAGGAAGAAGAGGAGAGGAGGAAAGAACUGGAACGGCAGCGAGCCCGAGAGAGGGAGCGGGAAAGGGAACGGGAACGAGAGAGGGAGCGGGAGCGGGAGAGGCAGCGUAGCGACGAGCUGAAGAGGAAAGACUCGGAUACGCUCAAGAUGCUCAGAGUGGAACUCAAGAAAGCCCAGGAGUCCCAGAAAGAGAUAAAGCUCCUGCUGGACAUGUAUAAGUCUGCUCCAAAGGAGCAAAGAGACAAAGUGCAGCUUAUGGCAGCUGAGCGCAAAUCUAAAGCAGAGGUGGAAGACCUGAGGAUGCGAGUUCGAGAGCUGGAGGAGAGGGAGAGGAAGGAGAGCAAGAAGCUAGCUGAUGAAGACGCUCUGAGGAAGAUUCGUGUAGCCGAGGAGACCAUCGAGCAUCUGCAAAAGAAACUGGCUGCCACCAAGCAGGAGGAGGAGGCCCUGCUGAGUGAGAUGGAUGUAACGGGGCAGGCCUUUGAAGACAUGCAGGAGCAGAACAGCCGGCUACUGCAGCAGUUACGGGAGAAAGACGAUGCCAAUUUCAAGCUGAUGAGUGAGCGAAUCAAAUCCAACCAGAUCUACAAGUUACUGAAAGAAGAGAAGGAGGAGCUGGCCGAUCAAGUCCUUACGUUUAAAACGCAGGUGGAUGCCCAGUUGCUGGUUGUGCAGAAACUUGAAGAAAAAGAGGGAGUCCUCCAGAGCACGCUGGCUGCUCUUGAGAAGGAGCUGGCUGUCCGAACCCAAGCACUGGAACUCAACAAGAGGAAGGCGGUGGAGGCUGCACAGCUGGCAGAGGACCUGAAGGUGCAGCUGGAGCACACACAGGGCAAGCUGAAGGAGAUCCAGGUCUCCGUGGCUGAGAACCGCACCGCUCGGGAGAGGGAGAGCAGCAACCUGAAACAAGCACAGGAGGAUCUGUCCAGGCUGAGGCGGAAGCUGGAGAAGCAGAAGAAGGUGGAGGUGUACUCUGACGCGGACGAGAUCCUACAAGAGGAGAUCAAUCAGUACAAGGCCAAGCUGCGGUGCCCCUGCUGCAACACGCGAGACAAGGUUUGUAAUUAUAAUUCAGAAUGUUGUUAUGAAAACGGAACGUGUCUAUAUGAUUGUAUUAAUUGUGAAAACGACUACCAAUGUAAUCAGUUAUGCAUUAUGGUUUAUUUUAUGAUUUAUUUAUUUUUUGUUUAUGCCUAG